CCACUUUUCCACGGAAAUGAGCAGAAAUUCCACAACACAGUAUCGGGAACCGUGUGUGGCGACUGAUUUCUGUUGCUGCUGCUGCAUCAACUUUCCCUAGUUUGUCUUGUUCUUGCUGCAGCUACACUCCAGUUGUGGCUUAAAAGGGCUGGAGAAGUACUGGAAGACACCAAAGCCCAGAGCUUCUAGAGGGGAAUGGAGAAGGCGCUGGUGAAAAUGGGAAGCAUAAAAGCUGGAAGCUUUUGGCUCUCAAAGAAAGCAAAGGAGGAGCUGAAUAACAUCACCCAAGACCUUAAUACCGUCUCCAAUGUUGUGGAAGAGAAAGCAAAAUGGAUAUUCAACAAGCUAAAAGGAAAGCCACCGAGGAGCUUGCCUGAUCUUCUACGAGAAUACAACCUACCACCCGGCCUUUUCCCUCAGAGCAUCACAGCUUACGAGUUUGACGAGUCCAAAUCAAAGCUAACCGUUCACUUGCCCUUCCCGUCUGAAGUGAGCUUCAAGGACUCAUCUGCAGUAAGGUAUGCCCCACGAAUCAAAUGCAUUCUUCUCAGGGGUAAGCUCAUCGGUAUAGAAGGCAUGAAAACGAAGCUCCUCGUGUGGGUCAAGGUCACAAGUGUAGCUGUUGAGGGCAACAAGUCAGAAAAGGUUUCUUUCACGGCCGGUGUAAAGAAGUCGAGGCCUAACGACGCCUAUCUCAUACCUCGUGAAGCCGUUAGAGUCGAAGAAUUUUGAGAGUAGAAUCUCCAAGAUGAUGAUGACGAUGACAUGGUUUUUGUUGGUAGUGGCUCAUGGAUACCUCAUCCGUGUUCUUGAUUCUAACAUUAUUAGGACAUUACUAGGUUGUGAUAUGGUUUUCUUUGUAGUCAAUUAUCUCAUGUACAUCGUCAAAACCCCUAGGUAAGGCAGGGCAGUAAAUCUAGUAUGAAUCAUGUCUGCUGCAGUCUGCAGUCUAGAGGUUUUGGUGAA